AUGCAGCCAGGACGGGCGGGGAUUGGGCUGCGCUCUGGGGUUCCCGGCAGCCCAGCAGGGCUGCGCAGGGAAGGCUGCAGCGAUGGGAAGUGCAGCCACCGCCUGGCCGAACGGAAGGAGGCCCCAAAAAUAUCGCAAGCCCCUGCACAACCCCCUUCCUGCCCCCACUCGCACAACCCCGGCCCCUUCCUGCACUCCCUGGCCGUGAGGUCCUCCCUGGGCUCCUGCAGCCACCCAGCCCCGGGGUCUUGCCUGCGAAUACGGCGGGGCAAGGUGUGGCAGCCGGUGUACGGCCCGGGGCUGCAGGCGCCGGCGAGCAGCACGCCGGGGCUCGUGGCCAUGGUGCGUGGCUUUCUGCGCCUGGUGCAGCCCAACGCCCUGCCCGCAGAGCUGAUUGUGGAGCUGAGACAGGACCAGAGCCCAGAGAUCAGCAGGGAACAAGUCCAGCAGAUGUUGAGCUAUGAGGUGGGUUUCCUGGUCUGCGCGGCCAUCGGCCUCCUCUUCAUCAUCCUUCUGCUCCCAGGCUGCUGGAGGGUGUCCUGUGCUGACACCAUCUCCUCCAUCUCCACAGGCAUUGGAACAACCCUGGGCAACCUGAUCAUCUCCAGCAUCAGGAGCAGCAUCAACGAGGCAGUGGGAUCCCUCCAGAACCUGCUGGAAGUCAUGGAGUCACUGGCCAUCGCCUUUGGUGGCAUCAAGGGCACGAGCUCGCGCCUGCAGGAGCUGCAGAGCAACUAUAGCCAGAAGCUGGAGGAGCUGCGGGCCAGCAUCAAUCGAACGGUGCAGGCCUGCGGGCACCGCUGCAGCAACGUGUCCCUGGAGGGCCUCGGCUUCACGGCCAACUUCAGUGCGAUCCCCAGUGUGGACCAGCAGCUGAAGGCCUUGGGAGAAGUGUCUGACUCCAACCUGGUGGCCAGUUUGGAGAAGGUUAACCACACGCUGAACGAGACCCCUGAGAAGGUGCACAAGCAGUCCCGGGAGGUGGUGACAAGGGUCCAGGACCAGCUGGGCCAGAUCAGGCGGGAGAUCAGCAACAUGCCCAAGCGCAUCCCGGUCGAGGACUUGGAGGGCCGCAGCGUGGCUUUUCUGGACAGCACCACGUCCACGCUGGAGAGCUACCGAGAGCCAGUGACCACCUUCGAGAAGCUCAGGUGGAGCGUGUGUGCCCUCCUGUGCUGCAUGGUGCUGCUGGUGGUCGUCUGCAAUGGCUUCGGGCUGCUGCUGGGGCCCCUGGGCCUCGAGCCGGCCGCGCUGCCCACCGAGCGGGGCUGCCUCUCCAACGCUGCCGGGAACUUCUUCAUGGCAGGGGUUGGCUUCAGCUUCAUCUUCUCUUGGCUGCUGAUGCUGAUGGUGCUGGUCCCCUUCGUGCUGGGGGGCAACAUCUACAUGCUCUUCUGCCAGUCCCUGCGUGACCAGCAGCUCUUUGAGCUCCUGGAUACCCCCGGGCUGAUCCCUGACUUCAACCUGUCGCAGGUGCUGGGUGAGGACAGCACCAACAUCUCAGAGCUGUACAGGCAGUGCCAGGACAACGCUGCCCUGUGGCAAGCGCUGCGCCUCAACCAGCGGGUCUCCCUGGACGAGCUCUUCAACAUCUCUCAGUACACCGCAGAGAUCUCCACGGCCUUUGAGAAGGUGAACAUCACCCUGAGCCCCAUCUCCCUGCUCAACCAGAGCCAGAAGGAGCUGCUGCUGGAGGCCAGCAGCCUGGGGCAGCCGCCUGACUUCGCGCACAGCCUAGCGCAGCUGAAUCAGAACGUGACUCGUGGAAGCCUCCUGGAUCUGGCUGCAGAACUGGAGCUUCUGGCAGUGGAAGUGGUGAGAGAUCAGAUCCCCCAGGCCUGCAUCCGCCCUGUCCCCAAAGCCACUGCUCCAUCUCCUCUGGUGGCAGAGGAGUUCCUCUCCUCCCGCAAUGGGCCCUGCUGCCUGGAGCAGGGUGGAGAUACAAAGCAGGAGCUGGAGGAUGAAGCCAGGCUGCUGAGGGAGCUGGCUGGGGAGAUGAACGCGAGCUUGCCCAGCCUGCUGCGAAGCCUCAAGGAAAACAUCUACAUCGUGGAGCGCCAGGCCAGCGGGCUGCAGGUGCAGACCAACACCACACUGCAGAGGGUCGAGCAAACACAGGCCUUGCUGCAGAGGGAGACGGCCACCAUCGUCAAGAACGAGACGCGAGCCUUCCUGGAGCAGCUACUGGGCUUCUUCGAGACCUACGUGGCCUGGGCCAAGAGCAGCCUGACGAGAGACGUGGCGCGUUGUAAGCCUGUGGCACAGACUGUGGACAGCGUGGAGGCCAUGGCCUGUGACUACAUCCUGGACUCUGUGAACGCCUUCUGGUUCAGCCUGGGCUGGUGCACCUUCCUGCUGCUGCCCAGCAUCGUCCUCGCCGUGCGGCUCGCCAAGUUUUACAGACGGAUGGAAGUCGCUGAUGUCUACGGUGGAUGUGGCGGCCGGAAAUGUGGACUCAGUGGCCUGGGAGACCUGAGGGAACUGAAGUCAGGCCGAGAGCCAGCGAAGGCACCCGGUCCUCACGGGGCCCGCUUGGAGCAGCAACGCUCCCUGGGCGGCUGA